GAAGCCAUUCCCACGUCCUAUGACUUCAAGUACUCGACGGGCAGUGAAGGACCGGCUCAGCUGUUCCGUGAGGAGCACCGGGACCACGACGGCACUGUCCGCGGAAAGUAUGGCUAUGUUGACCCCAACGGCAAACUCAGAGUCGUUGAAUACACUGCCGGUGCGAAUGGGUAUCAGGUUUCGGGUGAUAUCGGACCCGACUCUGAGGUACAAAACGAAGCACAACAGCAAUACAGAAGCGACCCAUCCGUGAGGGCACAGACAGACGCCUGGAGUCGCUCCCGAACUGACACUUCGGGCGCAAACUAUAACCGGAAUCCAUCGGCCGGGGGCUGGAGUUCGGUGGACCCCCUCUGGAAUGUGGGCGCACUUCCACAACAACCACAGGCGGCACCCAUACAGUCAGUCCCUCAACAGCCAACCCAAUCCCAACCUCUGCCACGACCUGUCCCACAGGCACCGGCGGACAGGGAUAGGGCGUGGGAUGACAACAAACAACAGGUUUGGGAUAAAAACAAUGGCAACAAUUGGCCGAACAGUGAUCGGGGGGUCAGUGGCGGGGGUUCUGUGGACUGGAAUACCUGGAACUCAGACCAACAGACGUGGACUAAACCCCAGAAGUCUAAUACAGGUGCUCAGGGCUGGACAUCGCGGAUACAACACGAUUGGCAACAAAGUCAGUCACCAAACAGACCGACAAAGCAAUGGACACAACGGCGGCAGAUAGAGUCACCACCGGAUCAGUCAUGGAGUCCGCCAUCGGAGGGGCCGACAGCCGGCCAGUGGUCUCAACCGCCACAACACCCGACGACCGGACAGUUCACGCAAUUCAGGGAUAAUCCCAUUUCAGACCAGAGGUCGCAAACGAGUCCACAAAUCCCACCCCCAGCUCAGUGGCCACAGACAACCGCUGACGAUAUAUCGCGACUACAGGGGCCGACACCCGGUGCUCAACAGGACGUGAAUAGUUUGCGAGAGAAAUGGACGGGUAUUUCCAGCGCCGGUCAGUGGCCGAGUCAACCAAAUUGGGAACAAACGCCACAACAAAUAGCGCCGACCUCUGGUCAAUGGUCACCACCACCUCAGACGCAAACUUCAGGCGCUCAGUCCAUACCAGCGCCGCCUCCCAUAUCUAUUGCCGAUCAGUGGAGACAACGAUCGCAACAAAAGUCACCACAAAAUCAAUUCAUACAAACUGGAGGCCAAUCGCCAGACACUGGCAGCCAAUACAACCCAUUCCCAGCCCAGGGAUCCCCACAAUGGCCUCAAUCGCCCGCACGAGUCGCUCGCAUCGGAGACUUAGCGCCGCCUAAUCAGCCCAACCAACCGUCACAACCAUCAUUGCAAUCACAAUCGGCUAUAUCGGGAGGUCAGCCACCGAUACCACCGUUUCCUAAUCAGGCACCGCCUAAUUGGGCGCAACCAAUAGGGCAGUCAAACCCGUCUCAGUUUGCGAGUACAGGCGCUCAAAACAAUUGGUCCCAACAAACAGCCACUCAAUCGGCAAAUACAGGAUUUCAAGCUAAUACCGGUCCCCAGAGACAGACCUCACAAAUCAAUGACAUGUUCAGCGGUUCCCCUUAUGUUCACUUCCGGAUCGACCACACCGUCGACCCAAACCAACCGCCCCUUCGAUACCACGACUACAGGGGCUUUCCUCCCGAAACAUAUGCUUAUUAUAUGGCCUAUGGAUUGGAUGUUAAGGGAGCCCAAGGAGAAGACAAACAGAUACACGGAUACCAUCUCUCGCUUGGAGUAGAUAUCGACAACAAAUACCACACAAAUGGUUGUUAUAACACAGGGAAUGGAGGUGUUUUCUACAAUACAGGAAAGCCUACACCGGGAAGUAAAGGGAAGUACGUGACAUCGACCGGACAGGUACUCCGGAAUUUAGUGGGCGGCGGCCAAAACACGUUCCCAUUGGGCUCUAUCAUCGCACGACUAUUCAUAUACCCUCGCGUGUAG